CGGGGUUUGCAGUCCGGUUUGACCUCGCCGGUAAGAUGGCUUCUUCAGCUGCAGCAGCGGCGCGCCGGGCGGUGAAGCCGAUAUUCAGCCGGGAUUUGGAAGAGGCGAAGCGGCGAGUCCGGGAGCUCUACCGCGCCUGGUACCGGGAGAUCCCCAACGCCGUCUCUGUUUUCCAGUUGGACAUCACGGUGAAGCAGGGACGGGACAAAGUGAGGGAACAGUUUUGGAAGAACAGACUUGUAACGGACCCCAGAGUCAUCGACAUGCUUGUGAUCAAGGGUAAGAUGGAGCUGGAGGAGACGAUCAACGUGUGGAAGCAGCGGACCCACGUGCUGCGCUACUUCCACGAGACGGACACGCCCACACCCAGAGACUUCCUGUCCAAGUUCUACACGGGUCACGACCCCUGAACCCCCCCCACUUCCUCCCUGAUGCAGAUACAUGAUCUUCUCUCCAUUGCAGACUCGCACACACACACAACUGUCUCUGUGUGUGAAAGAACCAAUAAACUGAGGAAAUUGGGA